AUGACGAGUAACUGGGCUGAGAGCUUCAACAACACAACUAAGGAUGCAAGAGGCUUUCUGAUCACUGCUACUAUAGCAUUCCUGAGGUCCAAAGUCCAACAGUUGUUUGCUACACGAAAAGAAAAAGCUGACAAGUGGACGAAGACCCUAACACUAGAAAUGGAGGAGGACUUGGUUCACCCCGGAGGAAUAGUUGAGACCAGUGGCGUAGUGGACUUGCAGGAACGGACUUGCACUUGCAACUUGUUCCAGUGCAUGAAGUUUCCUUGUCCUCAUGCAUGUGAUGCAGCUCAACAACGAAGUAUUAGCAUGUACGCACUAUGCUUGCCAUAUUACACAACGAAAUAUUGGAGGAGCACAUAUGAAGGUACAAUUAUGCCAGUUGGUGACACGAAUGAUUGGGAAUUGCCUUAUGACAUAAAUAACAUCACAGUUGGAGUGCAUGUUGAGAAGCAGCCAGUAGGGCGACCCAAGAAGCAAAAGGUUGGAAGAAUUAAGUCAAAUCGAACUGCUUGUAAUGGUGAAAGGAUUAUCAUACCACGAAAUUGUGGCAAGUGCGGUGCCAAGGGGCACAACAGAAGCACUUGCACCUACCGAGGCUAA